AUCAUCAACUCAAUUUUUAAUCAACACAACGAUAAGAAUUCUGCUCUAUAACAUUUAACAUAAUUAUUUGUCGAUGUAACAUAUAUUUGCUCCAAACGUUAGCGGUUCGGAAUGGUACGAUUCCGCAGCUGCCCGUAUUUUCUUUGCACCAACUUAUUUAGGUUUGCUGAAAUUUACCUGGCAGUUUAUACACACUAAUGAUUUAUGUAGAAUAUGGGAUACAGACCAAAUCUUAAUUGUAUGAAAAGUAUCCUUGAUGGAGGUAUCAUAUGACAUUAACAUUUAUUUUACAUUAAUUUUCAGCUAUAAGAUUAAGAAAUGUCAAACAAUAUAACGAAAUGUAUCUUCAAACAAUAUUUUGGUAAACUCGGUACUACAAAACUGAUUUGCAACUUGAUGUUUUAUGUUGUUAACAUGCCUGGCCUUUUAUUUCCGUUCUCUCACUCUAGGCGAAUUGUCAAUAUCUCUCUUUUGAUUUAUCUGGUGCAGUGUAUAAAUGCGUUCGUCGAAAGGCAGAGGCCAUCUAAUAACGUCGUGUAAAGUUUCUGCGUGCUAAUAACUACAAUUCACCGUAAACAUAAAGUUGCUUAAUAGGCCAAAUCCGAUUUCGCCUCUAAAGCAAGUGAUAGUCCAAACAGUAAAAAGGGAUAGAUAUACAGUUACUGAGGUUUUGAGUUCUUGCCGCUUUUUAGAGCAACCAAGCUGGAUGAUAGAAUUCAACCAUGGCUUAACGUAAUCACAUCGUGGAAUUUACAGAUGUCCUUAAUCAGUUAGGAGAUAUAGCUAGGCCUAAAGUAAUUUGCAAACACUGAUUAUGUGUGUUACGAUCAGUGGUAUUGCUGUGGCGAGGGAGCUUUUUACAAGCAAUGCCUAGCAAUCCCCGCAGUCAUUGCGUCGAAGUAUCCGAUCACCAUGGCAUUCACAACAAAAUAUCAUCAAGCCGGCUAAAUUGAAUCAUCGCAGCAACAUCCAUUCUGACAAAUUGAAUUGUAUUAAACGGUCAGCUUUAAGGCAGUCGUCAUUACGUUAAUUUGGUUAGGAUAAUUUGCACAACAAAAACGGUGAGCGCGCGAUUGAUCGCCAAAGAAAGCCACUUCUUGCAGUAUAUCACUUGCCGGGUUAUAAAAAAAAAACGAGCCUCUUGAAAAAAAAAAAAAAACCUCGAGAGCUCCACAUGACGUUUAAAUGCUUCAUUCGUAUACAAGAGUGAAAAGACCUAGUGAUUGGCGUGAUUAAUUAAAACAUUGCUCUCACACAACUACAACAAGAGUAAAUUUCCCCACAAGAAACCUGCAUCAAUUGAGAAACUCAUGAGACGGUGCGAUAUAUCUGCGCAUGUCUGUUAGCCGGUAAAUUUAGCGUCGGAAUCGAUUACCAACUGGCAACUCACACUCUCCCAAUAGCAGUCUAAUCAGUCUUUACGUCGCAACACAACUACGCAUUCGAAAGGAUUUUCCACGCCAGAAAAUAUCGCGUAAUAUUUCUGUUUCUCAAUUGAAUUUUCCAGUCGAUGUUAGGACAUCCUACGAUUUUAAUUAGCAAAAACUCUUGGUUGCGGUUGCGUUGUCUGUAGCUACGACGCCAUUGGCAUGAACUCGUUGUGGAGUCUGUCUUUAUACAACACGCAAGGAACCUUCGAAUCUAUACAGCAGUUGUAUGCAUCGCUAUUAUCUGUUGACAAAGCAUUUAGUCGAGAAGGCCCACGCGAGGAAGGGGAACAAUUGGAGGGUGCGAGAGAAGAUUCUGAACGUCACAUGAGUACCGAGAGGGCCAGAGAGCGUUACCUCAACAACGCGUAUGUGGUGGAAGAUGACGAGAUCUCUAACCCGAUAUGUUUGAAACAGUUGCCACCUUUACCUGUUCCGCCCCUCAUCGAAUCACUCGAACUCUAUCUUCGAUCCACAAAACCUCUUCUGACAGAGGAGCAAUACAAAACAACAGAAGAAAUCGUGACCAAAUUUGGAGAGAUGGGUGGUAGUGGACAAAAGCUGCAGACCAAAUUGUGUGAAUAUGCCAAAUGCAAAUCAAACUGGGCUUAUAAUUGGUGGCUCGAUGACAUGUACCUACGAGCGAGACUUCCGCUAGUGGUAAACUCUAACCCUGGAAUGGUGUUCCCUAAGCAGCAGUUUGAAGAUCGAAAUCAACAAUUAAAGUUUGCUGCGAGAUUAAUCUCUGGAAUUCUUGAUUACAAGGUUAUUAUUGAUGCUCGGGCUUUACCAGUGGACAGGGCGCGGCAUAAUAAACCUGGUCAGCCCUUAUGUAUGGAGCAGUAUUACCGUUUGUUCUCCUCCUAUCGAGUUCCAGGCAUCGUUAAAGAUGAACUCGUGGCGCCAUCUGUUAGUGUAAUGCCAGAACCGGAACACAUUAUAGUAGUUUGCAGAAACCAGUUUUUCGUUCUCGACGUCAUCAUAAACUUUAAGCGGCUCAGCGAACAGGAUUUAUCGAGCCAGUUGAAACGAAUUGUACACAUCGCUACAUCCUCUUCGACGACGCCGCCUAUCGGUUUAGUAACAGGAGACGGUAGAACAGAGUGGGCCCACGCUAGAAUGAGACUAAUGGAAGACUCAACAAAUAGGGAUUCACUGGAUAUGAUUGAACGUUGUAUAUUUGUAUUAUGUCUUGAUGAAAACAUGGAUCAUCCGCCCACCGACAUUAAUAAACCAAUGGACAAAGAAGAUGUUCCACUUGCUAAACAAAUGCUUCAUGGAGGAGGGAGUGAGCUCAAUAGCGGGAAUCGUUGGUUUGACAAGACUAUGCAGUUUAUUGUGGGUGAAGAUGGUUCCUGUGGAUUGAAUUAUGAACACUCACCGUCUGAGGGCGUUGCUGUUGUGCAGUUGGUUGAACAUUUACUACGAUACAUAGAUUCUGACACCCAUCGACGAAGGCUAAUUCGAGCGCAGUCAAUAUGUGAGUUACCAUAUCCAAGAAAACUACGUUGGAAACUAUCUUCAGAUACCCUCAUUGAUAUAGACAACGCUAGAAUCAAAACCGACAGAUUGGUACACAAUGUAGACCUAAAGUUGCUACGGUUUACCGAGUUUGGUAAAGGAUUCCCCAAGUCACAAAAUAUGAGCCCAGAUGCAUUCGUGCAACUUGCAUUGCAAGUUACAUAUUACAGCAUGUACGGUCAUCUAAUAUCAACGUAUGAGAGUGCGUCUACAAGGCGAUUCCAUGAAGGCCGAGUGGACAACAUUAGAGCUGCUUCCCAAGAAGCUUUAGAGUUCGCCAGAGCCAUCAAGGGUGAUCGGCUAGCUACGUUGGAGGAGAAGAUGAAAUUGAUGCGCAAAGCUAUCAAGGCUCAGACGGAUUUCUGUAUAAGAACAAUAAUGGGACAAGGCUUCGACUGUCAUCUACUGGGACUUCGUGAGCUCUCAAGGGAGUUAGGGGAACCCGUCCCCGAAAUAUUCCAGGAUGUAGCUUACGAAAUUAGCAGCUAUUUUACGUUGUCAACAAGUCAGGUUCUAACCAAGUUGGAUACUUUCAUGUGCUACGGGCCAGUGGUGCCUAACGGUUAUGGCGCCUCCUAUAAUCCCCACGAAGAUUAUAUACUUUUUGCAAUUUCGUCUUUUAAAGACUGUCCCGAGACUGACUCGACGAUUUUUCGAGAGAGUCUCUACAACUCUCUGAUGGAUAUGCACAAUCUCUGUAUUAAGAUGAACCGGAAAUUGCGUAGACAGAGUGCUGAAGAAGUUAAUAAUGACGUCACCACAGAAAAUGGUGAAGUAAUAAAUGGUGACGAAAAUACUGUUCUUCGGGAUGGAGGAAAUGCAGUCGAAAAUGGAGAUGUGGUAGUAAACGGUAACAAUACUAAUGGACUGUAAAAACUAUAUCAGGUACUAAAGGGGUUAGUGUGGGUUGGGUGGGGGGGUGUGGUGGGCGCUAGGGAUGGAUAUUGUUUACAACGUCUUAUUAAUUUACGAUUUGAGUUAGAAUAUCUCAAGGUGACACGAAACUUGCCAUCACAAUUCGCAUAUACUUCCCUUGCGUAUGUUGAUUGGCGCAAUGUUGCCCCUUAUGAAAUUAAUUCUACCAACUUUCACUUUUCUUACCGGGGAUCUCAUGGGCGGAUCCAGAGAUGUCCAAAAGUGGGGCCGAUCGAGAUAAUAAUACCCUAGGGGUUGCGAGACAUGCCCCCGCAAAAUUUUUGUGUUCUAGACGCCCGAAAAUAACUUCUGAGGCGUUUUGGGCGAUCAAAUUUUUUUUUUUUUUACUUUCUUUCUUUUUUUUUUAACCUUCCAAAAGAAUCUCACUCAUGUAUUUCAAUAUUACCAUGUGGGCCUACUCAAUUUCUGAAAGAUAACUUGCAAAAUAAAGUGUUCAUUGAAUCGAGUAAAUUAAAUUAAUGUCAUGGUAAUGUAACAUAUCACAAUAAACAACCAAACAAAUGACGGGUAACAAAGUAAUGAAAUUACUGUCAUAAUAGCAUUAUCACCAUUGUGUGUAAGCUAUGGGUAAGUAAAUGUACUGUAGGUAAUUAAUGACCGGUAGAACAGUUUAA